AAACCCAACGGCGAGCGGGCGGGACGAACCCACUAUCGUUCAUAUGAAGGCUGAGAAGAAAACUUCUCUCUCUCUCACUGUUGAAUAGCGUUCAUUCAAUUCGAAUUCAGAUUCAACUGGUAACGCUCGGAUUACAAUCAUCGUUAAUCUCGAUUACGAUUAAGCUGAACGAUCUUACAACGCUCUUCUCCAAUUACAAUUUAUCGAUUGCUUGAGGCAGCAAGAGCUGGAUAUUUGUUGUUUAGGGUUUCAUCGUCUGAGAUAGGGUUUUUGAUUGAUUUGGUGAUUUCGUAGACUCUUUAUACUUAUAUUGUAAUAAGCACAAUGGGAGGUGUCUGUGCCGGUGGAACUGCCAAAGGUGGUACGAAGUUUCUUGCAAAGAGUUCGGAAAAUUCUACCAAGUUGAAGACGACGAAAAGCUUCAGUGAGCAAGAAAAGGAUCCUCCUUCGUUUUCCGACACGGAUGUCUAUGGGAAGUCGCCGCACAAGUACGACUCCGGCGAGCUGGCAUUAUCCUCAGGCAAGUUGAAGCCGUCUCCCGUAAGAACAGGGGCUAGUAAGGUGCCACAAAUGGGCUCAAUUUUGGGAAGGGCUGGUAUUGUUGGCUUGGAGAGGGCUGUUGAUGUCUUAGACACACUUGGAAGUAGCAUGUCAAAUUUGAAUCCUACUGGUGGCUUUGUUUCUGGGAUGGCUUUGCGGAGGAAUAAAAUAUCUAUUCUGGCAUUUGAAGUAGCUAAUACCAUUGUCAAGGGUGCAAAUUUGUUGCAAUCUCUUUCAGGGGAAAAUGUCAAGCUCUUGAAAAAGGAGAUUUUAUAUUCAAAUGGAGUACAACGACUAGUGUCUACAGAUAUGGAAGAAUUACUUAACAUUGCUGCUGCUGACAAAAGGGAGGAAUUUGAUAUUUUCUCAAGAGAAGUAAUUAGAUUUGGGGACUUGUGUAAAGAUCCUCAGUGGCACAACCUAGGCCGUUAUUUUCAAAAAUUGGAUUCAGAUCUUACAACCCACAGGCAAGGUAGAAAAGAGGUAGAAAUGACAAUGCAAGAGCUUUCAACAUUAGCUCAGCAUACAGCUGAGUUGUAUCAUGAGUUGCAUGCCUUGGACAGAUUCGAACAAGAUUAUCGGCGGAAGCUUGAUGAAGUUGAGUCUUUACAUCUCUCUCAAAGAGGAGAGAGUCUCAUGAUAUUACAUACUGAGCUUAAACACCAAAGAAAGGUUGUGAGAAGCUUGAAGAAGAAAUCUCUGUGGUCAAAAAAUUUGGAAGAGGUUGUGGAAAAGCUUGUUGAUAUUGUUACCUUCAUUCAUCAAGAGAUAGUGGAGACCUUUGGAAAUAAUGGUACAGCAUUUGUUAGCAAGGAUCCAACUUACAGCUCUCAAAGACUGGGUGCAUCUGGCCUUGCAUUACACUAUGCAAACAUCAUCAAUCAGAUAGAUAGUAUUGUUUCUCGGCCCAGUUCCCUUCCUCCUAACAUGAGAGAUACAUUAUAUCAUGCAUUGCCAACGGGUGUUAAGACAACUUUGCGUUCCCGGUUGCAAUCAUUUAAUGAAAGGGAAGAGCUCACGAUUCCCCAGAUCAAGGCUGAAAUGGAGAAAACUCUGCAGUGGCUUGUACCUGUGGCUGCAAAUACAACUAGAGCACAUCAAGGUUUUGGCUGGGUUGGAGAAUGGGCAAAUGCUGGUUAUGAAUUUAACAAGAAGGCAGCUGAACAGAGUAACUUGAUUCGCCUCCAGACACUUUAUCAUGCAGGCAUUCAAAAAACAGACUUAUAUAUCCUUGAACUGGUGACGUGGCUUCACCAUUUGAUUAGCCAGGUAAGACAGAGAGACCAUGGACUCAAGCCACUAUUUCCUGUUCGUUCCCCAACCCGUAAAGGCCUUCAAGUGCCGGAGAGACAAAAAAAUCCCUUACUGGAUGAUAAUAAGAAAAACAGCAAGGUUGUGCAAUUCUCUCAAGAAGAUCGGGAUAUGUUGGAAGAUGUCAGCCGCAGAAGGGUGGUUCCUGGAAUAAGCAAAAGCCAAGAGUUUAUGACAGGCAAGAAAAAAAGGACCCACCGUUGGGGAUCGAGCAAGAGCACUGGUAGCUCUCCAACCAAAGAUUUCAACGCUGCCCAAGAUUGGGAAGCUUCAAGGACUAACCUUUUGGAUGUAAUGGAUGGGUUGACUACGUAGAGUUCCAAUAGCUCAUUUUGCCUCAAAUCAAAUCAAUAGUCAUUUUUUUUCAUAUAUCAUUUUUUCUAGAUUUCUCUUUUUUUGUGUGUGUAUAUAAAAAUAUAUACAUGUUCCUCAAUGGACAGCUUUUGUAUCAUAUAAGUUAAUAAAUAUAUAUUCAAAAUCGGCUUUUUAAUA